AUGCGAGCCAAGGACCAACUGGCCCAAAUCCUGUUGAUCGACCACUCAUCGCGAAGCGUAGAGAGCCAUUGGCCAGUCGAGCCCGCUGCACCGGGCCUCAUGGGAUCUCCAUCUCCAUUUCAGUUCCCUAACUAUACUAACACGUCGCCUCAAAGCUCGAUCGACUCAAUUAACGACCAAGAAAUCCAAAGUCGAGACGAGUACUUAGUCGACGAGAGAAGAGCUUCACGAACUGACCUAAGCGAGCUCCAGGCCCUGGCGCUUAGAAUGAUGAACGGUUGA